CCAAUGACAGGUUGGGCCUAGUUUGUUAUUGUGGAGCCUUUGCGGAAGUGAUUUUGCGUGUUCCUAUUUUUUGUUUUCGCUUAAACGACCGAACUCGAAGAAAGGCGAUUCCGAGCCCGGGGACAGGGACACACGGAGACGCUGCAAUGUUCCGAUGGCUUCUGGGAAGCCGAGAACCUCACAAUGGAGUGGAGAAAUCCUCAGUAGUAGAUAUUGGGGAAGAACAGACACAGAACCCGUAUACAGAACUCUCUGUGCUACAGGGACAUAAUGAUAUUGUUCGUUUCCUUUUACAGAUAGAUGAGUGCAGGUUUGCAUCUGCUUGUGAUGAUGGAUCAGUCUAUAUCUGGGAUGUUCAGACAGGAGAUAUACUGUGUGAGCUGCAUGGACAUACACAGAAGAUCACAGCGAUGGUUGUCUGGGGUGCAUCAGACAUUCUUCAUGGAAAGACAGAAAUAAUUUUGACCGCUUCCGCUGAUAAAACUGUUAUUGCCUGGGAUUGUGAUAGUGCUCAGCAAGUGCAGAAGGCGUCUGGUUUCCAGUCCACUGUAAAGGCGCUUCUAGUUCUUCAGAGUCUGGACGUGUGGCUGUCGGGAGGCAAUGAAUUGCGAGUGUGGAACAGAGAUUUUAAUCUGCUAUGUGAGACCGGCUAUUUUGUGGAUGGAGGUAUCAGCACUUUGAUUGAACUACCCAAAAACUGUGUGGCUGCAGCCAUCGGCAAAGAUUUGAUGAUCUUUAAACUCAGUGUUGCCAGAGGAGAGAGUGAUCAGUGGGAUGUGUCUGAAGUUAGGUGCCUGUCUGCUCACCAAGAUAUCAUCCGCUCACUGAUAACAGUCAGUGAUCUUAUCUUUGUGAGUGGUUCCCAUGCCGGGGAGCUGAUUGUGUGGGAUGCCAUGGACUGGACAUAUAAGGCAGUUGAACGAAACUUCUCAGAGAUCUUAUCCCCACAAGAUGCACCGCAGGAAAUUAAAUUACUGCUGAACCCAGAAGAGAUUUCUGUUCAACAUCUUACAUCUGAUGAAGAAAAUGUUUUCGCUGCAGUGGGAAGAGGCCUGUACGUGUACAACCUGCAGAUGAAGCGAGUGAUUGCUUAUCAGAAGAGAGCCCAUGACUCCAGCAUCCAGCACAUCGCUAAACUUCCCAAUGGGCAGCUUGUUUCCUGCUCAGAGGACGGCAGUGUUCGUAUCUGGGAAUUGCGCAGCAGGCCACUUCAAGCAGAGUCUGUGCCAGCAGGAUUCUUUAGUAUGUGGGGGUUUGGAAAAACUGCCAAGCAAUCCAGUCAUGCAGUGAAGAAAACCCAGGAUACAGGGAUAAUAGCAACACUGGAGCUGAUUGGGAAUUUGAUUGGCCAUUCAGGAUCCGUGCAGAUGUUCCUUUAUUUUAAAGAUCAUGGCCUGGUAACCUGCUCUGCCGACCAUCUCAUCAUUAUAUGGAAGGAAGGACAUCGCGAGUCUAGGCUGCGCAGCUUGAUGCUCUUUCAGAAGCUUGAGCAAAAUGGUGACCUGAACCCAAAGUUUUCCCUUAAUUGAGCGACUUGCUUGGGGGUCUUGCUUUUAUGUUUACAUUGGCAGCAGCUUUCACACUGCGCUUCUCCAUAACCCCAGCGCCUCCCAGCAGCAAGUUCAAUCUCUUGGGAAUUGCUUGUCCAUAGUAGCUGGAGAGUGACUGCGGUAUUACAGUAUUGAUCAGGUGUAAAUAUUAUCAGAAAACAUCAUUUUUAGAUGAUUAGAUUUAAGUUUCAAGCCUGAAACUGAAGGACUGCCACUGGUUUUAUUUGUAUAAAAAUGUUUUAUAUUUUA